CUCCGCCCGCGAACCGGCUCUCGCGCUUCCGAACCGGCUCGGCGCACGUCAAUGAACCGCUCGCUCAGCUGAUAUAAAAAGGCGUGCUUGCACGCGAGAUGCACCACUCGCCUUCCAGCUUUCUGUGCAGAUCUCCGAAGUAGCGACGCUCCGAUCUUCACCCCGCCAUGAACCGAGGUCUCGCUCUCGCCCUGGCCCUCGCCGCCCUGGUGGCCGUCGCCCUGGCCGCCCCCGCGGAAGAGAAGUACACCGACAAGUACGACAACGUCAACCUGGACGAGAUCCUCAGCAACGAAAGGCUCUUCAAGAAGUACAUGGAGUGCCUGCUGGCCGACACUGAUGUACACUGCACCGCUGACGGCAAAGAGCUCAAGAAGUCCAUACCAGACGCUCUCACCAACGACUGCGCCAAGUGCACCAACUUCCAAAAGAACGGCAGCGGGAAGGUGAUCAAGCACCUCCGCGAGAACAAGCCCGCCGACUGGCAGAGGCUGCAAGCCAAGUUCGACCCGGAGGACGUAUACAUGACGAAGUUCGCGGAAAACCGCAAGGCUUCCUCCUAAGCCCACUUCGCUCUCCGACAAGGUCCUGCGCCCUUACGAUCAUUGUAAUUGUACUGAAGCCGCCUGUGUUAAUUGCUCAAUGCUGAGUGUUCAUGUGAUUUGUCUGACUGCCCGCUCCCUCGUACUGAAUUGUACUCUGUAAUGGUGUCUUCUUGGGCACUUUUACGAAGGGUUGAGCUCUGCUGAAUAUCAGUAAAUCAUCUUCGUUUAACAAUAAAUAUGUUUUUGAUACUUUGUGUAUUAAUUCACGCUAUGUGACAAUGCAAUUCCACAAUGAAUUCCCGACCUGUGCUGAAUUCCUGAAAUUGAAAUGGAAACCAAGUUCCACGAUCAGUAUAAAUUGACUGUCUAGUUCCCAAAAGUUCUAAAUUGUAAUUUGCCUAUUCUAAAUUAUAAACAUAUUCAUUCCUAUAAUCCUAAAAGUAAC